UCUGUGGCGGCAGUACGGUGACUGCUCAGUGUACAGCUGCCCUCGGAGGCCUUUUGGAGCGUGGACGGAGCCUGGGGGAUGAACAGAGCGAGGAGCCUCUAGAGGAGAGGUUGUCCCCACAGCCCAGCGACGAGUCUGCAGGGCUGCGGCGGUAGAUGAUAAUUGUACACAAGUUCCGUCUCUGUCGCCUGUCACUUAAAACCCCGCCGCUCUCAGACUCCGAUGGCGGCCGCCGCGCUGAGGGACCCGCCUCAGACUCCCAUGAGGACAGAAGUGCUUAGGGACUCUUCAAAGGCCUGUGUGACCUUUGAGGAUGUGGCCAUUUACUUCUCCCAGGAGGAGUGGGGGCUCCUUGAUGAAGCUCAGAGACACCUGUACCACAAGGUGAUGCUAGAGAACUUUGCACUUGCAGCCUCGAUGGUUUGUUUGCAUGAAACAGAGACUAAAGAGACACCUUCUGAGCAGAACGUUUCUCUAGAAGCUUUGUCACAGAUCAGGACUCCAAAGGUAGGUCCAUUCACCGAGAAUGCUCACCCCUGUGAGAAAUGUGUCCCAAUCCUGAAAGACAUUUUGUACCCUGCUGAUCUACCAGGGCAGAAACCAUACUUUACUGGGGCAUCUGCAAACCUACAACAGCUUCAGAAGUAUUUCAAUACAGAGAAAAGUGACUUGGAUAAGGCAGCAUUUGUAAAGAGCCGCAUAGUCCAGGUGUCAGGGAAUCCCUUCACCUGUAGGAAGGUUGGAAUGGACUUACCAGGUACAUUGGGUCUCCUCCAGCACCAGAUCACUUCCAAUGGUGAGAAACCCAACAAAAUCACCAAGUUUGGGGAGACUUUUAAUGGUAGAAAAAGUCAUUACAAAUUGCGUGAAUGUGGGAAAGCUACCAGCCACAAACACAAUCUUGUUUACCACCCAAGAGUCUCUGCUAGAAAAAGAGUUUAUGAGUUUAGCAAAUAUGGGAAAGCCAUGCACUGUAAGUACUCACUUGUUCAGCUCCAGAGAGUCUGCACUGGAGAAAGGUCUUAUGAGUGCAGUGAAUGUGGAAAAUCUUUUAGGCAACGAGCCACUCUUACUAUACACCAGAGAGUUCACACUGGAGAAAGGCCUUAUAAAUGUGGUGAGUGUGGAAAGUCCUUUAGUCAGUGCUCCAAUCUUAUUGAACACUGCAGAAUUCACAGUGGAGAGAGGCCUUUUGAGUGUGAGGAAUGUGGGAAAACUUUUGGGUGCAAAUCCAAUCUUGUUCGGCACCGGAGAACCCACACUGGAGAAAAGCCUUAUGAAUGCAGCGAAUGUGGGAAAUUCUUUAGACAAAGCUUCACCUUGGUUCAACAUCGGAGAAUUCACACCACAGCAAGGCCUUAUGUUUGUGUCCAGUGUGGGAAAUCCUUUAGCCAAAGAGCCACUCUCAUUCGACACCAGCGAGUUCACACUACUGAAAGGCCUUACGAGUGUGGGGAAUGUGGGAAAGCUUUUGGAUCCAAAUCCAAACUUGAGCGACACAACAGAAGUCACACUGGAGAAAAGCCUUAUGAGUGUGCUGAAUGUGAAAAAUCUUUCAGACAGAGUUACAGCCUCGUUGAACACCAGCGUAUUCACAGUAGAGCAAGGCCUUUUGAGUGUGGCCAGUGUGGGAAGUCCUUUAGCAGAAGAGCCAUCUUCACUAAACACCAGAGAAUUCACACUGGAGAAAGGCCUUAUAAAUGUGGUGAAUGUGGGAAAUCCUUUAGUCGAAGCACAAGCCUUAUUCAGCACUGCAGUAUUCACACUGGAGCCAGGCCUUAUGAAUGUGGGCAGUGUGGGAAAUCCUUUAGGCAAAAGUCUGUUCUCAUUCAACACCAGGUAGUUCACACUGGAGAAAGGCCUUACGAAUGCAGUAAAUGUGGCAAAUCCUUUAGUCAACGUUCCAGCCUCAAUCUCCACCGAAAAUUUCACACUGUGGAGUGGCUCCAUGAAUGCAGGAAGUAUGGGAAAUCCUUUUCUCCAAACAGCUAACAUUGUUUAGCACCAAAUAAUGGUGACUUCAGCCAUGAAAUUAAAAGACGCUCACUCCUUGGAAGAAAAGUUAUGACCAACCUAGAUAGCAUAUUGAAAAGCAGAGACAUUACUUUGCCAACAAAGGUCCGUCUAGUCAAGGCUAU